GGUUGGAAGAAAUUACCCCUCGAGUUCAUAUAUGCCGUGAAUACUUAACUGUUCUGUACGUCUUCAGCAACUUCACUUCUUUAUUUACUAAAGGGAACAUAGCUAGCUGUCGAAUGUCUGCUCCUGGCAUCUUUGACGCCUUUCGGUCCAAUGGCGCCCCGACCUAUUACGACUCCGACAAGACGCCUUUUAUGGCGGAUAUUCUGGAGUCGGGACUUAUUUACGCCUUUGUGAUAUUAGCUUUUUCAUUCUUCAUCAUCCUUCCUGGAAUUCGUGGCAAAGAGAGACUUUUCGUGUUCAUACGUGUAACAGUGACAUUAUUCAUUGGUGGAGUUAUUAUGUUGACAAAUUUUGGGUACGAGUGGGAAGUUGCAGAGGCCAAAAAUGUCAGGACCAAGUAUAAAGCGGGAUCAGCAGGGGAGAUAACCGCAGAUAUAGGCGUACAUAUGGGCCUCCGAGGGAUCAAUGUAACACUGAAAGCUGAAGGAGAAAAUCGAGGUCCUUUUAACGAAACCAUAAACUACAAUGAACAUUUUGAUUGGAGAUGGGAGCAAGGCAGAUUAGGUUUCGGGAUAUUUGCUGGGCGUUUUAACCAGGAGUUUCGAGCCCGUCAAUUCCGAGGAACUCCCUUUCCCAUCAUCUGGAUUGCUGAGUAUUUUAUAUUUGACGGGGAGGGGGUCAGAUGGGGGCGACAUUACAGACAAGCAGGAUGGUACGCCCAUAUCAUGAUGUGGUUGGCUCUUCCUCUCUGGGUUUUGACAAUAAUCCUGUUCUUCAUUCUUUUGAAAUAUGGCGCGUAUUUCCUCAUGUUGACCGGCGGAGUAAUGGUUAUAGCCAACAUUAUCUGGGCCACCCUUAGGAAUCCCUUCGAAUUACUUAUUCCUUUCAGCGCUGAACACAAGUUAGAAUUCCAUUUUGGAGCAUCUUUUUACCUGAAUUUGUUUACAGGCCUUCUAUGUAUUAUUCUGGGCGCUGUAAUCUGGUUCCUUGAUCUCCGAUUCCCGGAACUAAUCACCAAUUUCUUUGGUGUUGAUCCUUUACAGGAUGACAAUUUUAUACAAGAUAGUCUCAGCCCCGACGAAAAAAUGAACGGUUUGGAAAUGACUGGCAUAGACAACGGACAACCACACAAUAGUCACGAAGACAGGUAUCGGAAACCGAUACCAGUUCCAACGCCCGAUGACGCGGAAGAAUAUGAAGAAGACGAUAUUUACGAGCUUCCGGUGUUUGAGCCGAAGCCAGCAAAAUCUAACAAGUUUGGGAAGCGCAAGUCACGUGGUCUAACUCAACGUCUGCAGAAACCAAGACGUCGAAGUACACCGGACAUCCCGGAAUAAAUCUGACAUUAAACCGCUUGUUUAAAAAAAAUUAUAUAUCCCCGAAACAUCUAUUAGUCUCUCUCUCUUCUUUAACUCAAUUUUUAUAUGCAUGAUCAACCUUUCUUAGAUUGUCAAUAU